GCAGUAGUAGCGAUUCACCACCACCAUCACCAUCACCAUCACCAUCACCAUCACCAUCACCAUCACCAUCACCAUCACCAUCACCAUCACCAUCACCACCACCAUCAGUGUUAACACUCAAGGAACAAACAAACAAAGAAACAAACGAAUGA